UCUUGAUAAUAGUUAGAUUAUUUGAAAUAUUGAAAAAUUAAUGUAACAAAAAAUUGUGUUUGAUACUUAAAGUUUAUCUUAGAUGUAAAUUUUGUUUCUUAUAGAGAUGUCCAGAAGAAUAGAGAGAAAAAUACAUAUUACUAGGAUAAAAGCUUUAAGAAGCUAAAGACUUUGAAGAUAAAUUACAUCAUAUGAAUGACGAGGAUCAUGAAUGGGAAAAGUUGUAGAUAGAAUUAGAUUGUACACCUCAUAACACUAAAAAUAGUAAAUAUGUCAUUAGUAUUAAAUUGAAAAAUAAACUUAGUUAGACAUGCAUUAGCUUGGCAUAAUUAUUUUAAGAGAGCCACAGAAUUUAGGGAUAGAAAUAUUUAUAGUUAUGAAUUAAUGGAUCCUCCACUUCAUUACCUAGGUAAGAAACAGUGUGAAAAAAUGAGAUCUGAAAUAAAUAUGAUGGAAUUUGAUAUGGUUUAUAUAUCACCGCUAUUAAGGUAUUUAAUUAAUACUUCAUAUAAAUUAGAACUAUAUAAACAGCAUAAUUAUUAUUUUAAGAUCAUCCAUAGAAAAAUAAAAUAUAGUUUAUUUUAUGUCCUUACAUAAGUGAAAAAAUCAGCAGUUAAUAUUCUAUAUAUAAAUGGGAAAAUUUGGCCAAUAUUCUUUAGGAUGUAUUCUUAAAAUCAAUUUAAAUAGGAAACCAACCCUAUUAAAUUUGACAUUAGUGAAAUGCCAUAAAAACUAGAAUUUUGGCAAUUUAUUUUAAUUGGAAAAUAAGGGAAGAUUGAAGGUUUAAAAUCAUGCAAAGAAGAUUAAGAAUAGUUUUUAGUUAACAAAUUUGUCAAAAAAGGUAAAACUAUUAGAUUAGAAAAAAAUAAACAUGCAGAAAAAAGAGUAAAAAUAUUUUUAGAAAUAUUAAAAAAAAAUUAAGCAAAAGAUAAAGUUGGAAUAGUCUCUCAUUCAUAGAUUAUUAAAUUAAUAUUAUAAUAAUCAAAUAUAGUAAUUGAAAAUAAAAUAAGAAAUGGAACAGUAUUAGGAAUUAAUAUUUGA